UUAGAGGUUUCUCAUCAGCACCAUCCACCUGCCGCUCUCCCACCAUCUCCUUCGGGCUUCGAAGAACACCUCCAGACAUAUUUCAAACAUGGCCAGCAGCUUCUCGAGAAUCCUGUCCUCCAAACGCAACAUCGGGAUCUUGUCGGUGGUCGGGGGCUCGCUAACGGCGGGCUUUCUUCUGCUGCACCGGCAGCAUAUCAGCGCCGGAGCCCCGGUCCGUAGGCUGUACCCCGCCAGCUCUGAGUACCCUGACCUGCGCAAACACAACAACUGCAUGGCCAGCCACCUGACGCCCGCCAUCUAUGCCAAGCUGUGCGAUAAGGCCACGCCCAACGGAUACACGCUGGACCAGGCCAUCCAGACGGGGGUGGACAACCCCGGGCACCCCUUCAUCAAGACGGUCGGCAUGGUGGCGGGAGACGAGGAGUCCUACGAGGUGUUUUCAGAACUGCUCGAUCCGAUCAUUAGAGAGCGGCACAACGGCUACGAUCCUCAUACCAUGAAGCAUCCCACUGACCUUGAUGCUAGCAAGAUCCACUCGGGCCAGUUUGACGAGCGCUACGUGCUGUCAUCAAGGGUGAGGACCGGCCGCAGCAUCCGGGGGCUCAGCCUGCCCCCCGCAUGCACCCGGGCGGAGCGUAGGGAGGUGGAGCGCGUGGUGGUGGACGCCCUCGCCGGUCUCAAGGGCAAUCUGGACGGGAAGUACUACAGUCUGACCCAGAUGACGGACCAGGAGCAGCAGCAACUCAUUGAUGACCACUUCCUCUUUGACAAGCCCGUCUCCCCCCUGCUGACGUGUGCGGGAAUGGCGCGUGACUGGCCCGACGCCCGUGGAAUUUGGCACAACAUUGAGAAGACGUUCCUCAUUUGGAUCAAUGAGGAGGAUCACACCAGGGUCAUCUCCAUGGAGAAGGGAGGCAACAUGAAGAGAGUGUUUGAGAGGUUCUGCACAGGCCUCAAAGAGGUGGAGCGCCUGAUCCAGGAGCGAGGCUGGGAGUUCAUGUGGAACGAGAGGCUGGGCUACGUCCUCACCUGCCCCUCCAACCUGGGCACCGGCCUGCGGGCGGGGGUCCACGUCAAGCUGCCCCUGCUGAGCAAGGAUCCUCGCUUCAGCAAGAUCCUGGACAACCUGCGUCUGCAGAAGAGAGGUACGGGCGGCGUGGACACCGCUGCCGUGGGCGGAACCUUUGACAUCUCCAACCUGGACCGCCUUGGACAUUCAGAGGUGCAGUUGGUGCAGACGGUGGUGGACGGCGUCAACUACCUGGUGGAGUGUGAGAAGAAACUGGAGAAAGGCCAGGACAUCAAGGUGCCCCCGCCCAUCAAGCAGUUCAAGUAGACCCUGACACCGCCACCCGACCCCCCACCUCCCGGGCACACACACAUGCACACAUCCCCCAACCCGUGCCCAUAGAUAUGUAAAUAUCUAUGCCAGUCUUCCAUCUAUUAUCUCUACUGUAUCUUCCCCUCAACACCUCAUAAGCAACUUAUGUAAUCCUCCUGACACUCCAGAGUCCCAAAACCCUUCAGUGGGAUUUGUUCAAAUGUAGAAAUCCAAGCUAGCACUUAACCCUUUCAUGCAACGUGGCAUCAGUCGCUCAGUGGACGCUAUUGUGUCUUGCCAUACACUGCCACCCAUUGUUUAGGUGUUAUAAGUGCAAAAAAACAAAAACAAUCCUCAAAAACAAUCCUCAAAAACAAUAUGGCCGACAAAUGUGCAGAAGUGCAUCAAACAACAACUACAGUAUAAGAAGUCAUAUAAUUAACAUUUCUAAGUAUUGAAUUUGCGAUUUGAGGAAAGUGUGGCUGUACUUUGACUGCCAUUUAGAGUGUUGCUGCGACUUUGUUGUAAAUGAAAACACUUACCUUAAAAUCAAUGAAUUUAUGUUUUGUUCUCAUUGAUUGUGGUGCGCGAAACAGUGUUGAGGCUAAGCGUCCAUUGACUUCAAAAGGGGAGCAUAGAGUGGGUUGUUACACUGCAGCGAACCUUGACAGCCAUUGGCUUUGUCCCGCCCACCGGACGGCGAGCGUGUCUGGAAGUGUAUGGAAGGUGGGCUUGGCAAAAAAGUGCAAAACAGAACCUCAAGAUGGCCAAAAGUUGUGCAGAAGUGCAUCAAACCGCAACUACAGAAUAAGAAAUCAAAAAAUUAAUAUUUCUGCGUAUUGAUUUUGUGAUUUGAGGAAAGUGUCAUUUAAUGGAAAUCAUUGAAUUUGUUAUUAGAAUGUAGUAUAUUUUACUUUUUACUAGAACGUAGAAAUAUUUUGUUAAUAUUACUGGUGUCAUGUUUUAAAUAAGUUACUUUUGUAGUCAGGACGCUCAAUGUUUUGGCAAUUGAUUCAACAGUAAUAAGUGCUGGACACAUUGUUUAAGAUAUUUACAAAAAAAUAUUUCACGCAUGUUGUCCAACCUUGUGGACAUUGCGUCAACUCCUUAAAAAUCUGAAAUUAAUGUGAUUUUCCUGCCAAGAAGGUAUUAAAUACAUUUGGAGCCCUGAAGUAGGUUCUCAUAAUUCAUACAUGAAGGGGUUAAACAAGCGGCACGUUAUGAAAGAAGUCAACAAAAAUGGCCGCUGCUUUGUCUCCAAACAAGCACCUUGUUGUCCCACUGAAUCUAAAACACACGGUUUGACUCUGGCUCCGCCCCUUCCCACACUGCAUGCCCUGUACUGAGCCCCGCCCCUUCACUCCUUUGUCAGUUCCUUAAAGUCGUGACAUGGUGCUUGUGCUACUCACCGCUGUAAUGUAGGCGCUUGGUUGGGGUGGGAGGGAUAUCAUAACCGCUCAUCAUUGAAUGUCUUUUAUUAAACAAAGCAUCUAUUUAACAGAAACACUUUGUCCUCC